AUGCUCUUCUCAACACUGGCUCUAUUUGCGGCUUCGCUGCUGGGAUCGGCGCUGGCAAAGCCGGAGCAGAUCCGGGGAGUUCGAGACCCAAUCUACCACCUCUAUCUGCAGGCCCAUCCGACCAAUGCAUCACUCGCCGUCCUGGGACCAGAGGCCACGAGCGAGCGUUUCGACAUACCGACCACGAUCAGGUCGGUCAACACGACCAUGUAUCUGAACGUGGGAACGGAAAGCACCUCUUACAAGUCGCUGACGUUUGGGACCACGGCGUCGACCGACUCUUGGGGCCUGGAGGGCGAUACUAUCAUGACCAAACCUGGUAGUGCGUUGGGGAGAAACUUGAACUUUGUCGUGUGCCGACUUGAAGGCAGCUUCUGGCGGCUCUGGUUGCAAACAGGCAGUGACAUGCCGAGUGGGAACAGCUGCAGCAACUACCAGACUAUUCACCUGCCGUGUCUUUGUUGAUUUUUUUUAAUUGGCAUUUCUGGAGCCAUCUGAGAAGUGGCAAAUAGAAUGCCUGCCAAGUACAUAUGGCUACUCAGCACAAUAGCGCCUCAGGCAAACGACUGUGCCGCCUUGA